UGAUGCUUCCCUUUUUUGAUUCUUCUCCGACCCAUGCCCAUUGAAUAAUCGUGCAAACACAAUUUCCUUUCAGCCUCGUUCUGAUCGAUAGUGUGGAUUGGUGACUGUAAAUCUAACCCCGCUGCUGCGUUUGAAGGCAAGAAUGGCCAAGUCUGCUGAUCCUAAUUCGUUUAGGCGAACAUGGGACAAAGAAGAGUUCGCCAAGCGUGCCCAAGACCGUGCUGAUGAUCUAGACGAUGACGACCUUGAGCCACCAAAGAAGAAGCCCCCCGUCAAGAGAGAGCUGCUCAAACGACGAGAUUAUGAGGUGGACUUGGACUCCAAGUUGAACAAGUCAAUUGUCAUCACCAAGGCCACACCGCUAUCACAGACUGGAGGGUACUACUGCAAUGUGUGCGAUUGCACCGUCAGGGACUCAAUCAACUUCUUGGAUCACAUUAACGGCAAGAAGCAUCAACGCAAUUUGGGAAUGUCGAUGCGCGUGGAGCGCUCUACCGUGGACCAGGUGAAAAAGCGCUUUGAGUUCAACAAGCGCAAGAAGGACGAGCAGAAGCAGAAAUACGAUCUCCAGGAGAGACUGCACGAAGUUCAGGAAGAGGCCGAGCGUGUUCGACAAGCGCGCAUCGAUCGUCGCAAGGAGAAGAAGAGAAAGGCCGAGGAAGAAGAGGAGGAAGAGCUAGACCCGGAGAUUGCCAAGAUGAUGGGCUUCGGUAGCUUUGGCGCCAAGAAGAAGAAUUGACCAAGCAAAGCAGGAACCCGGCCCGGCGUGUUCCUUUGUGGAGUAAGCCAACAGCCAACAGAAAAAUGCAUGCGCAUGCCUUGACCAGUUAUCCAGUUUAAAUUUUCUCUCAUCGUGCUGUGCGCGAUUUUCAAUUUUCUCCUUCCAUGUGUACAUAGCCCUCAUCUGAUUAUUUGAGUACUUUGUCCUGUACUGUGUUCUGCUUGUGACUCCUGAUCCAUACGCAAGUCAUUGAUCACGGUUUGGUGGUGUUGUUGUUGCUGUUGUUGUUGUUGUUGUUGUUGUUGUCGUCGUCGUCGUAGUCAUGGCGCGCAACACAUCGUCCGAGUGUAAACUUAUAUUGAUGACUGUCGCGUCUCUCUUGUCCCAUUCAACGUGGCCUGGCGUCUCACGUCCUCUCCAUGUACAUGUAUAUAUAUUAUAAUUAUAUUGCUUGUAAAUACUCCGAGUGUAGUUUGUUUGCUCUCUACUUACGCUCAGUGCUGAUGGAGCACCCCCGCUGAUGUUAUUGUUACUGUGAUCUUCUUGCUAUUGCAGAUUGUUACAUCUGUAGAUGUGCCAUAUUAUAUUUUGUCUGAUUCUCCAGAUACCUUGUAUGUUGUGAGCAGAUGCUUGGCAUUAUCGUGUUGUUACCAUGGUUAUGCAAGCUCGUCUGAUCAACAACGGAGUAAGUUAUGUCAUCUGGCUACUAACCUGAA